UUGCUUUUUAAAAAUAAAAAAAUAAAAAUAAAAACGUUUUGGUCUCGCGCUCGCGGCCGUCUCCCUCCUCACCAUGACAACGACAGAUUUCUAGCAUCGUCAGAGGACAACCAACCCGUAAUCACCUUCGCGCAUGAUUUAGCGAGCUAGACGCGGCUGUUGUGUAACACACCGUGUUUUACAUGACUAUUACAGAUGUAUAUUUAAUGUAGGAAGGCCAUCUUUGCGGGGUGGAUGCGUCGGAGACCAGCGGGAGGCACGAGAGGGAGACGCCGUUUAAUUGCGUGAACAACAUGGCUCUUCUUCAGCAUCCCCGGCUGCUGCUGCUCGGUGGUGUUGUGCUGUUGAGCGCCGUCCAACGUAUCUGCACUCGGUCUUUGCCAAUAUCGGAUCUAAAAUCCAAAAUAUCAGGCGUGGAGGAGCUGUUGGAGGAAUUCCGCAAGCAGCUCCAGCAGGACCAGACGUACAGGACAGGCGAUGUGACGGACUCCUGUGUGGGCGACUUUAACGCCGUCGGGGAGCGCAUCAUCCGAGCCAAGGCCUCCAUCGAGCAGGGGGCCACCUUCCUGUUAGCCCCGGACAGGGUGUACACCCCGAAGGACUGUCUGCACGCCUGCUGCUCCCAGCCUCACUGCACCGUGGCGGUGGUCCAGCAGGACCUGAGGCAGCCCGGGGACAGUCUCAGCUGCUACCUGUUCAACUGCACCUACAGGAAUAAAAAUGUCUGCUCAUUUGCACCGCAACAGGGCUUCACUACAUACAGCCGGACUCCCAACACAACGCUGGGACACCUCCCUGCUACAUCCAGCGGUGCAGCCAGGAGGCCCGGGGAAGGACAUCCGGAUGAGGUGGAUACACAAGAUGUGGAUGAGCCUCCUCGCAGUGAUGCUGGACAGGAUGUGGUGAUCCAGCUGCCCACAGACUGGGCUGUCCUGGAUGGACGGGACAGUGUGGACGACCAUGGCAUAAGCCACUAUGAAUGGACCCUCGUCAAGGGGGACACAGCCAUCAAUAUGAAGGCAUCUCAUCCUGGGCUCCUGAAGAUCAGCGGUCUCCAGGAGGGAGUCUACUCCUUCCAAAUGACUGUCACUGACACAGCGGGCCAGAAAAGCUCUGACAACGUCUCUGUCACUGUGCUGGCCCCAAAACACCAAGCAGAAGUGUGUACAGGCCUCUGUUCAAAGUACCAGUUCAAGUGUGAUGACGGCUGCUGUAUUGACAUCACCUACGCCUGUGAUGGGAAGCAACACUGUCCUGACCGCUCUGAUGAAGACUUCUGCCCAAUGUUUGACAGCAACAGGAAGUCAGUGACCCACACUGCUGAUGUGUCAAACCCUCAUCGGCCUGUAGCCCAGACAGAUGAGGCAGAGGAUGGCUCCAUGCUCCAGACUGGGCCCAGAAAGACCACAGAGAACAUAACACCUCAGGACAGGAGCCAUGCCGCUCCUCCACAAAGUCCCACUCAACAGGAGGCUUCAGCCAGUCAUGAUCCAUGUGCUGCAGCUCCAGUUGUCGGACCCUGUAAAGGCACCUUCCCACGCUGGUACUAUGACCAAAAGGAGGGAGAAUGCAAACACUUCCUGUAUGGUGGUUGCCAGGGCAACCAUAACAACUUCCUCCAGGAAUCUGACUGUGUCAGUGAAUGUAUACAGAAAGGUCCGGCUUUCAAACCAGCAACUGUGGCUCCUCCAAUAACCAAACAGACUGAGAUAGCUGGCCCUAGAGUCCCCCAGAGCCAAGCAGAGAGCGACGUCCCUGUCUCCAAACCAUUUCCAGUAGUAGGAGGACAUCCAGUACCAGAGUCAGGUGCAAUUCUUCCUCUGGCUCUCGGCCUGAUCAUCACUGCACUGCUGCUGCUUAUGAUCGGCUGUCGUCUCAGACUUGUUCGACACAAGUUAAAGAAAGCUCGACCCCUCACCACGGAGGAGUCAGAUUACCUCAUCAACGGCAUGUACCUGUAGCCAAUCAGCCACGGGCAGCAAACGGAGAGCGCCGAAAUCUGAGUAAGAAACACGGGUGUUGUCACCACAGCCUGAGCCAGGACUUUUUGAAUUUGCACUCUGUUUCUUGCAGCCCAGCGUCUUUAAUUUGUCCUAACUUCAGGGUGGAAACAUCCCAUAUCUCUUCUGUGGUGAACGUUUUCUGAACAUCACCACCUGACUGGUGAAUCUGCUGAUAGACGCUGCCUUCAAAGCCAUUGACACAUAUUCAGAUGCUUGGGAAUUCAUAUGGUUUAAGAAAAUCUGAAUGAAUCCACGAUGAAAGAGUCUGCUUUGCUAGUUCGAUACUGAUAUCCUGCUGUAAACAUUCCCCCCAGGGACUUCUGGGAUAUAUACAGUAGAAGAUACUCUAUUUCCCCCUUUACUAAAAUUAAAUCUAUUUCUAAAACACAGGUUACUUUGAUGCCAAACGUUUUUAUUUCCACUUGUGAUGUAUUUUUCCUAAUUAGUGCUGCACAAAAACAUGGUGUUUCUGCCAUUGGGUGGCACUAAUGUGGCAUGUUUGUGCUGUACAUUUGAUUUGAAGUUAACUUGGCUGAAGAGCAGAAAUGUAACGCAUUGGAGUGCCUGUCAUAGCUGAUUAGCAAUUAGCAACAAAUUAUACUUCAGAAUCACAUAAAGCCAUAGCAAAUUCUGUCAAACUCUAUUCCUGUCUAAAUGUUGUUGCAUAUAUUUCUUUAUUGAGCAAACUAUGUGGAGUAUCUACUAUAUUUGCACACAUGUAUUCCCCUCAAAGUGCUGUCUUUAAUGUGAGAAAUUAAAGUUUAUUAUAUAUCAAAACACUGGUGAGAUCUGUUGAUAAAGUAAUUCACAAAACAGCAACUCUCAACCUUUUACCACAUCUUUACUUAAGGUCAUUAUUUGUUUUAUUAGUUGUUUGUUCAUUUAAAAGACCGAAAGGUUUACACUACACAUUACACCCAAAUUAUUGGCAGUUUUCAUUCAAAACGGAUCAACAUGUUUUUAUUUAAAAGUUUACUAUUUUAGAAAAAAAAGUAAAAUAUUUUUCCACCAGCCAAAUCAUGUGAAAACCACCAUAUAGGGAAAAAUACUUUACAAAACUUAGAUGUGAAAAUCAUUUAAAAUCAGCAGAACAUUUUACAAACAAUUUUUUGGUGGCUAGUCACACAAUUCUUGGGGUUGUGCUUAAAGAAUCUGGACUCCUGACCUCUGUCAUUCUAAAAUACUUGUUCCCGCCCUGCCUGCAAGACUUCAUAAUGAAAUAUAUAUUUAACACAAGGUUGCGGCCUGCACACAAGAGAUUCAACAACAAAAGGCAGAAAAAAAACAUAAGCAUCUUUUUAUUUUUCAUGUGCCAUUCCAGAAAUUGUGAAAGCCAAAUAUCAUCCGUCUUUCAAAAUAAAAUGUGCUUUUUUUCGAUUUCAAGAAAACAGACAUUCAUUUGCUUUAUAUUGUUGGGAGUUUAUUUUGGCAAUCAGUGACUACCCCAUUUGGUAUCAGUCACCAGAAGAGCCUGCGCAAAUCGUUAAUGAAAUACCAGCGGCGGAAAGCAACAGAUCACCAGGUGGAAAGCACAGCCCUGUAUGUGUCGGUGUUAUUAGUGCUCAGCUCUCUUUGCAGUACGUGCAGUAUAAUCCAAUGUGUUACUUAUUCUAUGUGUAGAAUGACAUAAGAGUGCUGCACAUCCAACAGGACAUGUGGGUUACAUCAGCCAUUGUGUUGCCUGUGUGUGUGUGUGUGUGUGUGUACUAAUACUGCUGGCAAAAGCUCAUAUUUUAGCAGAGAAGUCUACAGUUAGAUGAUCCACACACACACGCCGUAGCUAGGUGAGUUAUCUAUAAGUUUCAGGCUUUCCUCGUUGUUGUCCGGCGUUCCUCCUACAGUCAGCUUUGAUGCUGCUGAAAUGUUAUACUGCAAAAAUGGCUGAUUGCAAAUCAAAUAAACCACA